AUGACAACAGAUCUUUCGACCCCAGGUGCGUCUCCGCGCCGCACUCCCCACUGCAAGACAUGCCACCGACCCAGGCAGGGACAUCCCCGCUCCGGCUGUCCUUAUGUUGAGCCCACUGCGUCAGAUCAGACUAGUGGUGCCACGGAAGAUAUUGCGGACGAACUGUCAUCCUUGCACAUCGUAAAUCCAAAUGACGAGCGUUCUCCCCUUCCCACUGAAACGCCCACCCAAUCCAAGAACCUCAAACGCCGACUCUCUGUCCGGUUCGCUCUUCUUCCAGCGGGAAGUCUCGCUUCACUCUCCACUACAUCUUCGGAAAUCGUAGAGAGGCUUCUCCAACCAGGAAUGAUGAGUAAUGCGUCCGAUGACGAUGGUGAUGGUAGUGAUGGUCAGGGAGCAAUAAUGCAAUGGAAACGGACUUUGACUAGUCCCGAAUCUCCUCCGGAAGACACUCCAGAACUCAGCUCCAAAGCGGACAAAGAGCCAUACGCAACCAAUCACGCUAGUUCGGGCACCAGACUGUCACGUCGUAUGCCAUGCACGCUGCGGACCCCGACUCCGAGCCUAGCUUCCACAAUACCACUUUCUAACCAGCCCACAAGUGACUUUGUGGACAUGAACAACACCGUCUUCCUUGAUUCAGAUGCCGAAAGGAAGCCAAAUCAUCUGGCGCGAACGAUGAGCGCCGACGAGAGGUCAUUAUUCCUCGAUAAUCUCGCGCAAUCAUCAGGAGCUGCACCUGCCAUGUUAUUCUCUGUCCCCCUGAUCGAUCUCAGGGCCGUACAAUAUGAUGCAGAGAAACUGGGUUUCAGCGUCCGAGUUUUGCCGAAUGGGAGCUCACGAGAGCACCGAUGGGUCAUACUGGCUAAGGAGGGAGAUGCAGCGGAAUUCCUCGAAAAGCGUCUCACAGAGGAAGAGGAGAAAGGGCGGAAAGCAAAGGGGAAUUUUGGUGUUGCCGCUGGCGGAGCACUAGUGGGCGCUGUAGCGACCUUCACGGGACUGGCGUUUUCCUGA